GAUUCUUAUUAUACAGCGCAGAUUUCACCAAUUGAAAGACUGAAAAACAACUUUAAUUCUUAUCAUUUCAAUUUCCUAUUUGCCUAAUUCAGCUUCUGAAGAACUCGGAACAAUUUGAAGAUACAACUUGAGAUGGAGCAAGGAUCAGCUGAAAACUCGAGCGCAGCUUCUUCGGAGCAGAACAAGCAAUCCAACUUUGUCGGACCACGCUCAAGUUGUGAACUAAGUCAAGUUGUGCAUUUGUCGCCUCAAGGAUGCGCUAACGAUAAUGAAACGGGCUUCAGCUACGUUAACGAUGGUCAAAUAACUAAGUUCCAGCCAUCCGCUCUUGAGUUUCCGAAUUCUUCACAGAACAAGCAAGCAAAUGAUGCGGGACCAUCGCUUUUGAACGUUCCGUUUGCUGGGGAGCUGCUAGCACCAUCCGAGGCUGGAAACGAAGAUUUGUUCGCGGUCUACUUGAAAGGAAUUUCGCAUUCACGCGAGCAACAAAUGUUCCAACAAGAAAAUCAAGUGCCUAAGAGUACUGGUGAUGUCGUUGCUUCAGCCGAUAAUCAGUUAGUACUACAUGCUAGCAACAACCAAGUCAUGAACAACUCUUAUCUUGAUCAUCUGUCAAAUCUACCAACUGAAUCGCCUCUACCGCUAACGUUGUCUAAAUCCGGAGGCCAAUGGUCUGGAGCCUCUCAAAUUUCUGCACCAUAUGGAAACUUUAUGGGUGACUCAACCAUUAUAAACACAUUGCACUCCCAAUGGGCAACACAGGCACAUCCAACUCCAGUGAUGCAUGGAUCCUCAGUUCCAUUAAGACUGCUCGGAAUUAAUCAAGGCAUUCCAAGUCCGAUGAACGUCUCAAGCGGUUAUAACUUUGCAAACAGCAGCUCAGGUUUUCCCGGUAGCUUCUCAAAUUAUGGAAGUACCUUCAAUAUGGGUAGCGGCAGCUCAUACCGCCCUCAAAACCCUGUCGCUUCACGACAGAAGAGAAAAAUGCCCUGGCAGGAGGAUCUUGCUCCAAUUCAGAAAAGGUGGAACUCCAUCGUCAGAGGUGAUCUAGGACAAAGUUCACGCAGUUUUGUUUCUUCUGACGAAAGGUUCACAUUAUAUGAUAAAAGGUAUGAAGAAAUCGGUCUUCCUCUGGAUCCCCAUCUUCGCAUUUUCAAUGCAAGCAAGGGAAAUGGUGGUGCUGGAGGGUCAACAUAGCAAACCGACUUAUUUCUUGGCAAGGGCUUCAGAGUUGUGUUGGAGUGGCAGUUUGUUGAAUUUUUAAUCGUCUAUGGAUUGCGCGAAUUGUUGCAGAGUCGUACUUUUCUGAAACAUUAUUGCUUAUUUUCCUAAGUAUCGUGUGGGGAUUAUGAUUGUUUCAUUGUGAAAUAGAGUCAGUGUGUGCAGUUGUGAUUUGUGUUGUGAUGUUUCUCUGUAAGAUAGUUUGUCUGUGUGUAGUUUUGAUAUUGACUUAA